AUGUCCGAACAUCCCGCAUUCACAAUGGCAGGUCUCUGCUCGGUCGGCGGUCUCAUUGGAUUCGCCAAGACGAGAUCUAUUAUUUCGCUGGUCGCAGGCGUCGGCGUCGGUGCUCUCUACGCUCUGGCUGCCACCAGGAUCAAGAACGGGGGUGACUACGGCUACGAGAUUGCUACUGGUGCAAGUGCGCUGCUGUUAAGCAGCUCUGCUCCUAGGUUCCGAAAGGGUCCCGUGCCAAUGGGUUUGACAAUCACUUCGGCUUUUGCGCUUGCUUACUACGGUAAGAAGGUCUACGACUUCCGCCAGUAG